CAGAGCGAGGGAAGACGGAGGAAAAGGUGUGGGCGAGGAAGCAGAGAGUAAUGUCGCUCUUAAGGGGAAAUUCAAAGAUUAGGCGCAUAGAUGAAGAAGAAGCCGUUCUGCAGGACAGACUCUAUGCUGUGUUCCAGCGGGCGGAGAAUCGCUUGCUGAAUUCUCUGCGUCAACGCCAGGCUGAGGUUGUCAACCAAUAUGGUGAAAUUAUUGAAGAGACCGAAAACUCAGAGGCACUGGGCAUUGAAUCUGACCUCCACUGGCAGGUGGAAUGGACUCGGACCCCGGAGCCCAUAGAGGUGCUUGUUUUCUGUUUGAGGGCUGUGAGAGAGAAGCUGCCCAGAGGUCUGUACUCACUGAGCGUGUCUCUUCAGACUCAACUGGGCGGCCACACGCUGUGCUGGUCCCGUCUGCAGGAGCAGCAGUGGGUUGGAAGAGCAGAACCCGUGGAACACCAGGGCCGAUACUUUGACAUAGAGCUCAACAUUAACCAGAGCCUCUACAUGGUCUUGCCUGCAUCAUGUGAUCUGUUGCCGUCCAGUGUGUUAGUGUUCAAGCUGUUAUCUCUGCCUGGAGAUCACAGUCAUGUGAGUUCUGUGGUGGGCUGGGGUGCAUUUCCCGUCUGCAACUGCUCCCUCCAACUCUUCAAUGGUAAGUUCAAGACCCCUCUCUUGCGUGGCAGUCCGAACCCCUCACUCAACCAGUUCCGCAGAAUUGAGCAUCUGCUUUCCACUGACCUGGACAACUGGCUAUGCAACCUCUACUUCCAGGUGAAGAGACUCCCGCGGGGCAGCACUGGGGUGCCGGAGCGCAGCUUCACCCUGCAGAUCCCUUCUCACCCCCAGCUGAGCUCCAGCCAGGGGCUUCAUCCCCAUCCGGACACCUCCAUCCGCUCUUCUGCUUCUCUGCCAGGUAAGAGCCCCAGUGGAGCUGUGUCAGCCUCUGAGCCCAGCAACCAGACAAACCGCCCCAUCGCUGAGAAAACCAAGGCCGAAAUUCAUAACAAGAGCGGCAGGCAGAAGAAGAUAAUCGAGAGAAACAGUGAGGCGCUCAAACCUCUCCCUAAAGAUCAGCUAGACCAGUUCACCUUCUCUGUGAGAUCUCAGCACCACAAUCAGCACAGGUCUGCCGCUGUGUGCUGUGGGACAGGCGAGAGAACACGUCUGGCAGUGCGUCUCCUCCCGUCACUGCUCGGUUUGUCCUGCCAUCCACGUCCUCAUCUGUCUCAGAUCAGUCUGACCAUUCUCCUGUUCGGCGUAAUGUGGUUUCCCCGUCUGUACCUUCAUUACUGCAGCCAGUGGCUCUUCCUGCAGGCUCAACACAUCCCCAUCAACAGGUGAGACAUACGUGACCCUUCUCACAGAACAAUCAUUCGUAAACACACA